AGCAGGCACUGAACAGCGGGACAGUUAUCCCUGGCCCUUUCACGCUGUCAGUUUCCGAUGGCGCCAAGGGAGCGAGAUGUGGUCACUGUCCCGUGCCGCUCCCAUCACCUCAUCGUUAUCAUCAUCGCCUGUUUAUUUUACCCAGUUUUCUUUUUCCGUGGAGCCAGCCCUGAAACCACUUACUCAGGAUAACCUCUCACUGGCUUUGGGUGACGUUUUCUCGGGGUAAUGCCUGCACGGUGCGGAUCCCCGUUGGCUCAGUGGUAGAAUGAGCCUGUUUUCUCAGUACAAAAUGCGAUAGUGCACUCACAGCAUUGGAAACUUGGCUUUGUGCAGCUGGACAUCCUCUGUUCUCAUUCACAGCUGCCUCCUAGAGCAGCAGGGGUGUGCACUGAGGAUGGACAUUGCUGCAACUGUUUUCUUUCAUAACAGUUGUGACUUAGACAGGGCUACAACCGAUUAGUUUCUGUCUCUCACAGGACUCCUGAUUUUUUUUUCUUCAGAUGUAUUCCAAAAUGACACAUGCCAUAGAUUACCCCUGUCUGAAAAUUCACAAGGCACUGAGUAGUAGAAUUAUAAAUUUCUUGUAUUUUGGGUUUUCCCAGAGUAUUACUAUGCUUUGUUAUUGGGUGUACCUAAGAAAUAAUUUUAUGUUAACUCUGGUAUCAGAAGCCAAGUGGACUAUUAUAAUUCGGCACUUAUGUUUCCUUGCAUGCAGUUGCAUGGCUGUGACCUGUAUUUACACAGAUGAGCGCAUGCAUUCAUUCACACACACUUUUUUUCUUUCUGUUUUGUUUUCUGCUGAAUAAACCAUUAAUGCUGUAUUUAACAUUUUAUUAAACAUUAUUUCCUGAAAGAACCACUGAAUCAGCUUUUAGGAUCAGCCACUGGCAUUCUAGCUCAUGGAUUUUUUUUUCACAUCAUGGUAUCAUUUACUACAUCUUCAUCAAUACAAACCUUUAGCUAGAAACUAUUACUGCACUGUUCAUUUCUAAAUUUUCUAAAUUUAGCAUGAGAAUCAAUUGAGUCAAGUUCUUCCACACAGUGCUUCCCAAUCUAAAACAGUCUUCUGGAUCCCCAAGAUAGUGUGGUGGCCAGAAGGGGAGAGUUACAAAGUUGUCGGGAUCAUUGUGUAAGCUCAUGUAGAUUGGUGGUGUUAACAGUUGAAAGCUCAAUGGAGAUCAGUACAGAAGAACAAAACAAGCAAACAACAAAACUAAAAAGCAGCAAAGAUCUGAGCCACAAACUAUUUUAACAAUUUUAAGAAAGGCAUUACCUAAAAGAGAAAAAAGUCAGCCUAUCAGUUUAUAUACUCUUUUUUUUUCCACACCAAACUUUAAAAAUUAGGGGGUAGGCCUCAAAAACAGUGUGACUGCUCCUCUGAGUUCUUUUAAAAAUAAAUCUGAAGCUCACUGCAGUUGUUAUCAAUUUUUUCCAGGUAAGUACCCUGUGGUGAGUUCUGUUUGUAAACUCUUCUCUGCCAUUGUAACAGCUAGAAAUACAGUGUAUUAAAACAUAUAGAAGCAGAAACUAGUCUUGGGACUGCAGGAGCUGAGGUUUUAUGAAGAUAUCUGAUACCCCAAAACUUGUGAUAAAAACACUGGGACUAGCCCUAGGAAUAGGGGGAAAAAUAGAAAUGUGCUUUCAACAGCCUGUGCUUUCUUGUGUGCAGGAUAUACAAACCAUCCAUUGGCUGGUGUGGGAAAGGGUUAACAGUCUGACCUUCAGACAGAAGCUCUUGUUGACCCUACUCUGCAACACUUGGCUGAAAGGUUAUGCCCAAAGGGAGAGCUUGCUAGCAGGAGGGGAAAAUCCGCAGAGAAAUACCUAGCAAAAGAAUACUUCUGUUUUAGGAGUCUGGUGGCCUGGCAUAAAGCAAAGCCCCACAGCAGGUGGUACAAGACUGUAGGACUCAUCCACUGAGGGAAUCAGACACAGUAAUAAAAGGACAGUUGUCAAAGUCUGACUUGUCCAUACAAUAUCCCAAAAGGCUUAUGGAUAUAAAAGAAUCAUUAGUUAGCAAAACAAUUUCAUAUCUAGUAAUUCAGCUGUUCAAUAGGAAUGUACAUGAAGGAGAUCCCUGGUCAUCACUGGCUUAAAGGUACAACAGAAAGUCACACCAUGCUUUGGUACCUUGAGUUCCCAGUGGUGUGGUGCUGGUGCCUCCUCUCCUGCGGUGUGUGACUGAUGCAUGCGUGGGAAGUCCUUGUUGCAGGGCCCUUGCAGUCCUUGUAGUUAUUUUAUAGCCUUCAGGAUACUGUCUUUCCUGCUAUCCUAGGAUUUUUUGAAACAUCUGUUUAUCCAUUCUCUUCCUUUUUUUUUUUUUUCUGGCUUCUGAUUUCUUGUAGUCCUUAAUACCUUCAAACCAUUUCUGCUAGUAUUAAUACUUGUGAGUGAUCAGUAUUGCCAGCGUGCCUUGGAACAGCAUGAGUGAAGCUCCAGCUGUAGUUUCCUGACAGUCUCGAAGGGAGAAUACUCCUCUGAAGACAGGAAGUGACUGUCAGGUAGACCAAUGCUGAAACCUAAACCAUAAAGCCAAAAAAGUAUUAGGAACAACACAUUUCUGUGGGCUUCUUCCAUCAGCAAGUCUCAUGAACUUACCAAAAUCCAUCUUUGGAUCAUUUUACAAGUUAUUUCUGGAGUUUCCGCAAUGGAGAAGAGGGAAGGUGAUAAUCAUGCCAUUGAUCAGAGUGCAGGUCAGAGCAUCGUGCCGAGAAGAACUACAGGAAACCUUAGCAAUUUGAAUGUGGAUAUGCAAGUCACCAAUCCACCCAAAGCAGCUGCACUUUUUUCUUUACAUCAAGCACACCAUUUUGGUGAGUUUGAACACUCUUCAGAACAACACUGCAAGCAGGAUCUGUUCCCCAAGUGGCACUUGCCAAUGAAGAUAGCAUCUGUGAUCUCAUUAUUAACAUUUAUUUACACUUCUAUGAGAGAUGUCAUAUAUCCUUUUAUAACCAGAAAGGAAAAUGUUUUCUAUAAAAUUCCAAUCCUCGUCAUAAACAAAGUUUUACCAGUGGUUUCAAUUACCCUUUUAGCACUAGUAUAUUUACCAGGAAUAUUAGCUGCUGUUUUCCAGCUGUAUUUUGGCACCAAGUAUAAAAGGUUUCCCCAGUGGCUGGAUAGAUGGAUGUUAUCAAGAAAGCAAUUUGGACUUCUCAGUUUCUUCUUUGCUGCAAUGCACGCCUGCUAUAGCCUGUGCUAUCCAAUGAGAAGAUCAUACAGAUACAAGCUGCUGAACUGGGCAUUCCAGCAGGUCAAACAAAAAAAAGAAAAUGCCUGGAUUGAACAUGAUGUUUGGAGAAUGGAGAUCUACGUGUCUCUAGGAAUCCUGGGACUUGCUUUGCUGGCCUUGUUGGCAAUAACAUCAAUCCCAUCUGUCAGUCUUUCUUUAACCUGGAGAGAAUUCCACUACAUUCAGAGCAAGAUGGGAUAUUUAGCUCUGCUGCUAUGCACUGUUCAUGCACUGGUGUUUGCUUGGAAUAAGUGGGUUGAUGUUAACCAAUUUAUCUGGUACACACCACCUUCAUUCAUGGUAGCAGUUUUUCUUCCUAUUGUGGUUCUGCUUUGUAAAUGCGUACUGCUCCUCCCCUGUUUUAGGAAGAGGAUAAAAAAGAUCAGGUGUGGUUGGGAAGCUAACACACAAACCAAUCAAACCAGCAUGACUUCCAGACUGUAGAUCAAAUACGGACUUUUCUAUGUGUGUAAAUAUGCUCAAGGCCACAAAAUGUUCACUCGCAAGCUCUGUUUUCAUAGUUUCCAUAGUUUCCAUGGAUGUUUCUUUUUCACUUUUCAUUUCGACUUCAGGAGUAUGGGAUUCUGCACCUUUGCUAAGACAGAAGGUGGAAACAUUCAUUUCAUGCUUUAAUCUGUUCAGUGUUCUGGUAUUUGAUCAUUUCUUUCCUCUGACUCACUGCUUUUAAAAUCCAAGGGCAUCAUUGCCUCCAUCAUAAUUCUUUUGUAGGCAAAAGCAAUCGUAAAUCAGUGCUUCAGAUGACCACAGAAAGAAAAUAAAUUAUUACACCACAGAACCCAGGAAUGCUUUCUGCUUCCUACAGCCAUGUUUGCACCUUCAUUAAAUCUCAGUAUUAUAAUGGGACAAUACAACUAGAGUAUUUACCAUCCAAUUCUCCCUUAUCACCUGCAUCCUACGUUUCAUUCUCCGGAACAGGGACCUUGGCACAUGAGCCAGACAGAAGCUGUGUGUUCCCACCAGGUCUUGAACUUAGACAAUUGGGCAAGCAGAACCGCAGGGAACUUUACAAGGUAAAUCUCUUGAGGUUGGGGCACAGUCUAAAAAAAGAGAUUUUAGACUCAGAUCACCAUCUUAUACAGGACUAGGUGUGUCUCUGUUUACUGAAAACGAUAAAACAUUUCCCAUUUUUUAUGCCAUGAGCAUGUUCUUUUGUUUCUGAUGCUGGAAAUUUUCCAUGCUUUUGACCUAAGCCUGCAGCCCUUGACGUGCUAUACUUUAUUUGCAGAAAUUAUUCCAGUGGGAUAACUCACCUAAGGUAAAUGUGUUUUUCUGUUUACUCUAGGGCCAGCACAAUUGUGUGACUGGAAGAAAAACAUUAAAAGUAGACAUUUGAAUCUUGACACUGAUUGGGUGAAAUUUUCAUGUAAAACAGCUUCUGAAUGAAAUUGCUUUUGCAAAAAAUUUAAUAUAAGCUAAUUAAACCUCACUUUCCUUAUGUUGCAUAGGUCUGGCUGAAUGUCUUAAAUGAAUAAUUCAUUUGUUAGUAUCUAUUUUUAAAUAUGCUGUGCAGUAGUUAAUAUUUUGACUCAGUAUCAGGAAUAUUUCUGCCAGUCUCUCUGCAUGAGUUGACUAUGACAUGGACUGAUGAUGCCACCUAUUGCUGGGACCAUCUGAGUGAAAAUUGUAAUUGGUAGUGGCUCUGGUAUUAAAACAAACAGGAAAACAAUGUAUGCAUAAAAAAAACAUGUAAUACAUGGUGCUAAUGAUUCUGUAGCUAAUAGUUCUGUUGUGCAUUUGUGGACUUGGUACACUGAGCAUAAAUAACAAACAAAUUAAAUAGCUAUAGGGAUAGUACAUUUUGUAUUUUCCUGAUUAUAACUGCAUUCAAUUAUUGCAACUUAAAAGUUUGCCUUGUUUAUAUUUGCACUUAACGUAGUACUGUGAAAAUAACUGGGGACAUGGUGGGCUGUAUAAUAUAGACUGAAGAGAAACGGGUGGCAUUGUGUAUUAAAUCAGUAAUGCAUGACAGAGGUAAACACUCUAAAACACAGGAAGCUGGUCUGCAAUGUUAACCUAAGAAAUUUCUAACAGAACAGGAAAAGUGUGGUUGUCAAUGCAUUAGUAUUUACAUUUUUAUAAAUGAAAUCAAUCUUUUAGAAGUUCUAUUAGGGAUAAAGAAUAAUAUUUCCCAAAGGCUUAUUCAGAAUAUUACCUGCACUUUGUUGCCCAGAGUCAGAAAAAAAAUAAUACAAUUAUUUUUCUAAUGGAACAGGUUGAGGCAAGUGCAAUGAUGAAGAAAUCCUUUUGUCUUCUGUAUUGUCCACUAGCUACCCAAAAAGUGUGCUCAAACUUACUACUUAGAGCAAAGCUGAGACUGUAAGUAUUCCAAGCAACACCUGUAUGCAUCUAUUGAAAAGAAUGACAUUUGGUUUUAUCAAAGUAUACGCUAAAUUGUGUUAAAUUGUGCUCUCCAAAAUCGGCCGUGCUGCUCCCUUACUUAAAAAGUCUGGAGAAUUUAACUCCAUCUCCAACUUCCUUAAAUUCUGGUCAAAUAGCUUGACUAAUUGUUUACAGCUGGUCACGGAAGCCAGCCCUUUGACACUGAGGAAUAUGAACAGCUUCAGGGGUAACAAAACAUGCAGCACAAUAGAGCAGAACCUGACCCUUGAUAACUGAAAAACAGUGAAUGAAGACACUCCUUGGAAGAAGCCAUUCCAAGGUAUUCGUAUGGCAUGUAUAAAACAAAAUCAAGGCAAAUGUCCAAUUGCAUUUGGAGAGCAAAAUAGUUCAAAGGAAUGGUAAUGGGCUUCAAGGCUUUUCACCUUAUUAUCACCAUUACCAACUGUAAGCUCUGUAAUUUUUUGCACAUGGACUCUGUUACAGAUCACCUUGAUCAGAGAGCACUGAGUAGAGGAGUAUGGUCAAUAUGUUUCUGAAAUUAAUAGAAGCUGGAAGUUAAGGUUCUGUGCCUUUGGAAUCUGCAUCGUACUGCACAGCAGUAGGAUUUAGGCCACUAAGUCACUUUUGAAAAUGGGGCUUUAAUUCCAAAGUUGGUUUGGUUCUUCUGAAAUUUUCGUCCAAAUUCUUAAAACCUUCUCUCUCUGAAUCUGUAAGAUAUUGUUCAAUUUGGAGACUAACAGACAGAUCCUUAUUGCAGAAAUCACUAUAGGUACCAUUGUUAGAAAAAAGAGACCAAGAACUCCGUGUGCAUCUAAACAUAUUACCUGUAUUCAGCACUUUGUAAAAACCGUUUGAACCAUCUGUUCUAACACAUCUUUAUCCAGGCAACAGAAAGGAACUGGUGUCUGCACCUUUGUAUUUAGUGUGUAAAAUCAGAACAAGGCACAUCACAAGCACAGAACUCCUUUCAGAAAGUACUAAAGAACAUGUACAUCUUUAUCUUCUAAUUGAGUGCAGCAGUGAUAAAUUUAGAUUCAUCCCUCUUCAAGUGGUUUAAAAAUUGUGUCCUAAGGAAGCACUCUACCGUAAUGCCCUACUCUAUGCACUUCUUACACAAGGUGGUGCGAACUAGCAUAACUUAAUUAAUUUAAAUAUUUUAAUAUGGAUUGAAAUACUAACAUAAAUUACAAAAGAAAACCAAUUUCAAAAUUAUCACAUACUAUCCAAACUGAUCUUUACACCCAUUGUUCAACUGAGGACAUUAAGCACACUUCAGAUUUUUCUCUCUAGCAUUGCUUAGUGGCAAAACCAGAAGCGUCUUCUACCAGCUGAAAUUUGCAUACUAGGGAAGCUACUCCGAAGAUCACACAUGACACCCAAACAUCCAAACACCUUUUUUCCUACCAGUUUUCUCAAGUAGGAGCCAGGUUUUCUGCAUCACAACCAGCCAUUUUUCUAGAAAGCACUGUUGAAUGCUUUGAGCUAGAAUUUGAGACCUUGUGUCAAAACUCUUCCCUCUUGUUGAACAAACUACUUCACCUCCCAAUCUGCAGAACUGGAGCAGUAACACUUCACAGGACAUUGCAACAGUAUGUUGAAGCUUUUAAGGCAUUCAGUGGGGCCAGAGAGUCAUGUAAGGGCUAUAAAGGGCUACAGAAGAAAAUGCUAUUGACUAUUUUAUUUCUCCUUUUGUCAUAGAUACGCUUUAGUUCAAAACUUAAUUAAAAUAAUUGCAUAUGUACCUUUUAUGUUUACAUACCUAUUUCAAAAUUCAGUGUCUUAAUAUGCCUAUAUACUACUAUAAUGCAUAAAAUCAAUGUGUGUGCAAAUUUUAGGCACUUCUUUGUAUAACAUCCAUUACUUUUGUAAAACUAUGCAUCAUUAAAUACUUCAAUGUAUGCUGU